AUGGAAUUUAACCGACCUGCAAAUUUAAAACUGACUGGUAAUUUAAAUGACAACUUUAAAAUAUUUAAACAAGAAGUUGAAGUUUAUUUUAUGGCUACUGAGACAAACAGUAAGAGUCAGGAGGUUCAAGUGGCAAGAUUACUCAAUUUAUUAGGACCAGAUGGCUUAAAGUUGUACAACACAUUUAAGAUUGAUGUUGUGACUGUAGACAAUAUUUUCAAGUCGUUAGAAGAAUAUUGUGUCCCAAGGAAAAAUGAAGUGAUGGAGCACUACAAAUAUUUUACUCGAAAACAGGCAGAAGGUGAACCAUUUGAUAAAUUCUACGCAGAUUUGCGUGAAUUAAUUAAAUCAUGUUCGUUUGGUGAAUCAGAAGAAGCACUAUUGCGUACACAAGUAGUUCUGGGAAUAAACGAUAAAGAUUUGCAGUCUAAACUAUUACGUGAAGACUUACCGUUGUUAAAAGUCAUUAAAUAUUGCCAAGUGGUAGAACAAGCGGAAGCAAAUUGUCGACUAGUACAAAAAGAAAAUUUAACUGUGGAUCAAGUGGAGAAAAGCAAAAACUGGCGUUUCAAAUCUAAGGAGGCAAGUAAAUCAAAUCAUCAACAAAAUGCAACAAAGAAAUAUGAAAAGGGAAAUUACAGCGAAUCAAAUCAAGGCAAGUCUAACAGUGCUGAUUACAAAGAUCAAGGUGUGGGUAAGAAUAACCAAAAAAUAUUUAAUUGUUUUAAAUGUGGUAAUCAACAUGCUAUAAACAAAUGUCCUGCAUUUGGAAAAAAUUGUAAAGCAUGUGGUAAACUAAAUCAUUUUGCUGUAAAGUGUAAAUCUAAAGAAAAAUAUAAUAAUUAUCAAGUGAAUGAGGUACAUCAAAAUGAUGAAAAGGAAGUAACAUAUUUAUCAUUAAACACAGUUGAGACUGAGAAAUGUAAAAAUUGGACUGAUAUAGUGGAUAUAAAUAAUAUUAAGAUGGUGAUUAAAAUAGAUACUGGAGCACAAUUAAAUGUAAUGCCAUUAAAUGAGUUUAAAAAAUUAAAUACUAAAUUGGAAAAGAGUAAGGUGAUAAUUAAGGCGUUCGGAGGUUUUCAAAUUAAGUCAUUAGGUAAGAUUAAAGUCUGUAUUAGUAACAAUAAAAAUAAAAUAAUAACAUACUUUGAGGUGGUAGAGUAUGAUGAGUUACCAAUUCUUGGGUUAAAUGAUAGUAUAAGACUAAGUUAUAGCAUGAAUGAAAUAAAUGAAAUUGUCAAAGGAGAUAACGAGAAAGAUAUUUUUGUGCAAAAAAAUAUUGAUAUUUUUACAGGUCUUGGUAAAUUUCCAGAAAAAAUAAAUAUUAAACUAAAGAAUAAUGCAGUUCCUAUAUCUGUUCCGCCUAGAAGAGUUCCUUAUAAAAUCAUAAAUAAUUUAAAAGAAGCUUUAGAUAAUAUGGCUAAACAACAAGUAAUAAUAAAAUGUAAUAAACCGAGUGAGUGGCAGAGCCCGAUAAUAGUUGUCGAAAAACCUGAUAAAAGUCUAAGAAUUUGUUUAGACCCUAGAGAGAUCAAUAAAAGCAUUGUAAGAGAAAUGUAUCAAAUACCCACGUUAGAACAAAUCAAAUUAAAAUUAUCAAAUAAAAAUAUUUUCACAGUAUUAGAUCUUAAAGACGGAUUUUAUCAUUGUGAGCUUGAUGAAGAAUCUCAACAGUUAUGUUGUUUUAGUACACCUUUUGGAUGCUAUAAAUUUUUAAGAUUACCUUUUGGACUGUCAGCAGCUCCAGAAAAAUUUCAAGAAAUUACUACUAAAUACUUUGGUAAUAUAGAAAAUGUAAAUGUUUACUUUGACGACAUACUGAUAGCUGGAGAAACACUAGAGGAGCAUGACAGGGCAUUAAAUGAAGUAAUAAAAAGAGCUAAACAAUUUAACAUUAAGUUUAAUCCUAAAAAAAUACAAUACAAGGUUUCUAAAGUUAAAUUUUUGGGAUUUAUAUUUAGUGCUGAAGGUGUUCAACCAGAUAGUGAAAGAAUAAGAGUUAUUAGAGAAUUGAAUGAACCGUCAAAUAAAAAAGAGUUGCAAUCUUUUCUAGGUAUGGUAAAUUACUUAAGAGGCUUUAUUCCUAAUCUUUCAGAAAUAGUGACACCAUUUAGACUCCUAUUAAAAAAAAAUGUUUUAUGGGAAUGGUCAAUAAAUCAAAGUACAGCUUUUGUGAAAAUUAAAAAUAUUCUAUGUGAAAUUCCUAGUUUAAAUAAUUUCAGUCUAAAUGAAACAUUUGAAAUACAAACCGAUGCUUCGGAAAAAGCAAUAGGAUGCUGUAUAUUCCAAAAUAAAAAACCUGUCCAUUAUGCAUCUAGGUGUUUAAGUGAUUCUGAAAUAAACUUUGCACAGGUAGAAAAGGAAAUGCUUGCUAUAGUGUUCGCAUGUACCAAAUUUCAUUAUUUAAUAUAUGGGCAAAAACAAGUAAACAUUUUUACAGAUCAUCAACCAUUAGUUUCAGUUUUAAGGAAAGAGAUCAAUAAAAUACCUAAUAACAGACUGAGAAGAUUGAGGGUUAAACUGUUAAUAUAUAACAUACAUCUAGAAUACCUGCCUGGGAAGUAUAUGUACGUUGCAGAUUUUUUAAGUCGCAAUUACAUCAAAAGAGAAGAAAAAAGUGAAGAGAUUAUGAAUGAUAUUGUACAUACAUUGGGUGAACUUGAAAUUAAAUUUGAAAAUAAUAAGGAAACUGAGUUUAGGUUAGCUACAUUAAAUGAUGAGGUUUUAAAUCAAAUAAUUGGCUAUUUAAAAAAUGGGUGGCCUAAAAAAUGUACUUCAAGAGAAGAACUAAAACAUUAUUACAAAUUAAAAAAUGAAAUUAUGUUAGAAAAUGAAAUGUUAUAUUGGGGAAUGAGAUUAAUAGUACCUAAGGUAAUGAGAAAAUAUGUUAUUAAAAAGCUUCAUAGCACUCACCUGGGAAUGACCAAAACAGUUAAAAAAGCUAAUCAAUUAUUUUACUGGCCAGGUAUGAAAUCAGAAAUUGAAAAUUACAUUGGGGCUUGUAAUAUAUGUUUAAAAUUUAGUAAAUCUAAAAUAAAAGAACCUAUAAAAAGUCAUGAAAUACCUAUGAUACCAUUUUAUAAAAUAGGCAUGGAUAUUGCAGAAUGUUUUGGAAAAAAUUAUUUAGUUGUUAUAGAUUAUUACUCGAGGUGGCUAGAGGUAGUAAAACUUAAAAGUAAAACUAGUGGUGAAGUAAUAAAAAAAUUGAAAAAAAUAUUCAGUAGAUUAGGUAUACCUAAAAUCAUAGUUGCUGAUAAUAAUCCAUUUAAUAGUUUAGAACUCAAAACAUUUACAAAAGAAUGGGAUAUCGUCAUAGUAACUUGUAGUCCUAAUUACCAUCAAAGCAACGGACUGGCAGAAAAAGCAGUUGGUAUUGUUAAAAACAUGUUAAAAAAACUAAGCGAAGAAGGAGGUGAUCUUAGUUUGUAUCUAAUGAAUUAUAGAAAUACUCCAGUAGCAGGCUUAAAUUACUCCCCAGCUCAAAUACUACAAAGUAGGAAUUUAAGAACACUAGUCAAUAAUUAUAAUGAAAAUUGUUUAAAACCUGAAAUAAUUGUAAUAAAUAAAGAAAUCACAAAUAAUAAAAGUAAACAAAUAAAUUAUUACAAUAGAAGUGCAGGGAAAGAAGAAAAUGAGUUUAACCCAGGUGAUAAAGUUGUGAUUCAAAAUAAAUUUACAAAAGUUUGGUGGCCAGGAAUAGUAAUAAAAAAGACUAAUUUUCCUAGAUCUUAUAUUGUAAAAGAUGCAAAUAAUAGAUUAUUAAGAAGAAAUUCAAUUUUCUUGAAAAAAGUGAAAGAUUAUGAUUUGUUAUGUGAGUCGGAAGAGGAUGAACAGUUAGAAGUAAAAGAUGAUACUAGUAAAAUUAAUAGAGAAAAUGAGGGAUUAAAUGUAAGUGAGGAUAAAAUUGUGAAAUCUAAUGGGAAAGUUAAGCAAACAAAUAGAGAGUAUACUAGACAUGGGCGUAGGAUUAAAAAAGUAAUCAGGUAUGGGAUAAAUGAUUAA